AUGUCUUCAUCUCUACGCCAGAACGUCAUCAUUGUCGGAGCUGCUGGCAACCUGGGUCCCCAUCUGGUCUCAAUUUUUGACGCCGACCCUCAAUUUCAUGUUUCUAUCCUGAGUCGCACUUCAUCCGACUGCAGUCAAUUCCCACCACACAUUCCAGUCCACCGCGUCGACGACUACAACACAAACGAAUCUAAGCUUGUUGAAAUACUCAGGGGCCAGGAUGUAAUCAUCAGUGCUAUCGCUGCCCAAGCCGUGCUGCAUCAGAAAGCGAUCAUCGACGCCGCCCUCAAGGCCGGCGUGAAACAUUUCGUCCCAUCGGAGUAUGGUCAUGAUACACGCAAUGAGCAGGCCGCGAGAUUGCUUCCACCUUUUUUCGUCACACAUAAACGACUGGUUGUGGAGUAUCUACAAAGCAAGGAGGCUGAAGGAUUAAAGUGGACGGCCUUUGUGACUGGGCCUUUUUUCGAGAUGCAAGAAAGGCGUGCCAUGAUCUUGAAAGAUUAUGGUGAUCACCAUUGGUCCACGACAACUUUCAACACCGUUGCUUUGGCUGUCAAGAAUGCUAUCUUAGCCACCGAAAAGACUGCCAACAAGUACCUCUUUAUCGAGUCUUUCAACGUGUCGCAGAAGGGAAUCUUGUCCACACUCGAAACUCUGACAAUGACCAAGUGGAAUGUCAGUUAUCAUGAUGCCGAAGAGGAGAAAGCACUGGCGUUAGGGAAACUGUCUCAGGGGAACUACAGUGCGCUGCCGACGCUCAUGUGUAAACGAUGUAUAGGCCCUGGUUUCGAAGAUGUUUCGCAAAUUGAUGAUGACUCGUCCGAGCAUGGUGGUGCUGAUUCCGACGACUUUGGUACCAUGUUCAUUGUCUCAGGGAGGGAAAGUGCACAGCCUAGCCCAAUCAUAACAGUCCCACAGCCGAGUAGCAGUGGUAUCCAAGGGUUCAGAGUCAUCAACCCGGAGCUGAUGGCACUUGCAAGAAAGCUCCCAACCUGA